AUGCAAUACUCCACUCUCAUCACUGCUGCUCUGUCAGUCGCCUCUGUUGCCGCUGCCCCCAACAACAAGCUGCCCUGCCGCAGCCUUGAGGAGUGCAACCUGGUCAACAUCCCCUCCGGCUCCCUCUGCGGCCUCGUCGGCUACCGCACCAACAACGAGGCCAAGUCCUACGACAGCAUCCACAAGGGCAAGCUGACCCUUGACGGCUGCAUCAAGGCCUGUGGCACCACCAAGCCCGACUGCAAGUCCAUCACCUACGAUGAUGUCAACGGCAUCUGCUACUUCUCCAAGUUCGACAUCAAGACCACUGCUGUCCAGCAGAAGCCCACCGGCUACAAGUUCUACGACGCUGGCUGUGGCUUCGCUAACUCCAAGGACGGCGCCAUCUGCGGUCGUCAGGGCUGGCGCAACAACGGGGCUGCCACUAGCUACGAUAGCGUCCACAAGGGUGCUCUUGACCGCAAGAACUGUGUUGCUGCUUGUGGUACUACCAAGCCUGACUGCAAGGCUGUUGCUUACGAUGAGCCCAACGGUAUCUGCUAUUUCUUCAAGCACACCGGUACUACCAUCAACCCCGCUGAUGCCGGCAAGGGCUUUGCCUGGUACGAUGCUCGCUGCCUCGACUGCCCUGCCAUCAAGCUCUAA